UGUUAACCAACACUAGCCAAACAGCACGUGUAUAAAUAUUAAAGAAAUUGAAUCGCUGUUUAUUUCAAUUAUUUCACACAAAAUGGAUGUCGUUAAAGCCGUUUUAGAGAAACAUCAAAAGGAGUUGGAUAAAUAUAAGCCAAUUACAGUUGAAAAGCACCUCGAAUGCCGCAUAGAUGUGGGCACACUCCUCAUCACAGAUCCCAACGAUUUGGAGGACCGGCAGAUCGCUAAAAACAAAGAAGAGUACCUGGCCGAGCUAACGCGUGACAACACACAGCUGCUGGUCAACGCCAUCUGGGAACUGCCCACCGAACGCGUAGAUGAAAGUAUUGUGGCCAAGUUGCCGGAGCCAACAACAGUUUUGCCGCGUCUUCGCAAGCCACCUGGUGUCCGUCCCAUGACGAAGUGGGAGAAGUUCGCCAAGGAGAAGGGCAUCACCAAGAAGAAGAAGGACAAGAAAACCUACGAUGAUGUCCUGGAUAAAUGGGUCCCAACGUAUGGUUUCAAGCACGCCGAGGCUGAGAAGGACAAGGAAUGGGUGCUGGAGGUGCCACAGAAUGCGGAUCCUAACACAGACAUGUUCCAGAAGAAGAUGGAUCUGCGCAACGAAAAGGUCGCCAAGAACGAGAUUCAACGCAUGAAAAACAUAGUGCGCGCCAAAAAGGUGGAGAUGCCACGCAGCGGAUAUCUGGGCCCUGAGGCCGCAUCGUCAAAUCAACUGCUCACCGCUGUUACUGUGGCGAAAGCAUCGACUGCAUCGGUGGGUAAAUUCCAAAAUAAACUGCCCAAAGAGAAGGAGGCGCGUGGUCUGGGCGUAAAGGAGCUGAUACCCGGCGGCAAACGCAAGGCAUCGCAUAUUUCAGCACAGCCGGAAAGGGAGGCCAACUUGGAGCUGAUCAAAAGCGUGCUGAACAAGAAGCCCAAACUUAAUGUGGACAAGGCGAUAUCGCUGCAAAAGCAAGACGAGCGAUUAGAACGUGAGGCUGAAGCCGGCAACAAGCCAGCGAAAAAGAAGGGCAAGGGCAGUCGCAAGGCGGUGGGCAAGAAGCCCAAGGGUCAUCAGGGUCAGCGUGCGCCAGGCAAGAAGGGUCAGGCCGGUCGGAAGCGUCGCUGAACAUGAAAACUGCUACUUCAACUAGGACACUUUUUUAAUAACAAAACACAAUUUACAUGAUAAAUACAAUGAUAAUAUUUUAAGCCA